CAGGGGAUUUUCGACUUGAACUUAAUUGAAGUAAAAAGUAAAUAAAUCUGAGUUUUGGCUAAUAACAGCCUGUUCUGCGGGACUUAUGAGACCAUGCAACUAAUCCAAGUCUGAGAUUCAAAUAUAUCGCUGAAUAAUGACAGGUGACCCAAACAAAGGCCUGCCACUUCCCAGUGGUCCGGCCUCUCUCUGCUUUGAUAAAGAUGUUUUCAUGCAGGAACACUUUGAUGUUGACCAGUUUGUGAUGGAGUGUCGAAGAAGAGUCCCUCUAGAAAACCUUAGAGAUGACUUGAACACUUAUUUAAAGAUUCUAAGAAGUGCGAUGAUAGAACUCAUAAACAAGGACUAUGCUGACUUUGUCAACCUGUCAACCAAUCUGGUUGGAAUGGACAAAGCCAUUGGGAAUUUAACAACACCACUAGAACAUUUAAAAGAAGAGAUCAUGACAGUGAAAACGGCCAUGGAGGAUGCGAUACUAGCGGUAGAGGAGAAGUUGAAAAAGAGGGAACAGAUUAGACAGAAAAAGGCUUCACUCCAGAGAUUAAUGAACAUCAUCCAUUCUGUCGAAAAGAUUGAAAAAUUGCUGGGGAUUCAUUCUGGGGACCAUAGCUCAUCGACAGGACAGCUAAAUGGGCAGCUGAUUGAGAGGGUGGCAAAUGAGUUCAACAAGCUUCAGUUUUAUGUCACCAAAAGUAAAGGUCUGCCUCUAGUGGAGGAAAUCAAACCGAGGAUAGCUAACAUCACAACAACGCUACAGUACAGUCUGGAGGGCCAGUUACUGGAGGGGCUCAAGAAGGGGAACACCCAGGUCCUUCACCAAUGUCUGAGGACGUACGCACUCAUAGACAAAAUAAAGGACGCCGAGAAUCUGUUCCGACAGAACGUGGUCAGACCAUACAUGGAAGAGGUCAUCAGUGAGCAAUGUGUUAAAAGUAAGGGCUUGGACGGGAUGUACGCAAAAGUGUUGGAGUUUAUUCCUAAGCAUUGUCAUAUACUGAAGGAGGUCACGCUGGCCGGCAGUCCAGGAUCUUCAGAAGUUGUGCGAGGAUAUGAUUUCCUUGUUAAUGCCAUCUGGCCAGAAAUUGUCACUAACAUUGAAGCCAGAACACAUUCUAUCUUCGCACCUGGAAAUCCUGAUGUUUUCCAUAAAAGAUUCAAAUCAAGUAUGCAGUUCUUGGAUGAUUUUGAGAAGCAAUGUGGGACACAGGCAAGUGUCAAACGUUUGAGAGACCAUAGCAGUUACCAUGCCUUCAUGACAAAAUGGAGCCUCCCGGUUUAUUACCAAAUUAGGUUUCAAGAUAUUGCUGGUGAUUUUGAGACAGCUCUAGACAUUCCAUUCAACAGAGCCUCAGGUUCCUCCGAGUUCCGUCUCCAUUCCACAGCUGUUCUGUGGACCUCCCUCCUCAGCUGCUGGUCCGAUGAUGUGUACCUUGAUCUGUUAUGCAAUCGCUUCUGGAAGCUGAACCUUCAGCUCCUCAGUAGAUACACCCAUUGGCUGGAUGAGUGCUACGAGACUGAGAUUGAAAAAAGAAAAAUCAGUGAAAAAGAUGUAGCUGAAAGCAGUAAACCAAAGUCAACGUUACCUACAGACAAGCAAAAUGGGAGUGGUGAUAGGGCUGUUACCCCAUCAGAAGGGGAAACAACUCCCCAAAGUCCCCCAGCUACUGACGGACAACUACUGAGCCUGAUGUCUGAUGCCCUCAAACUAGCAUCUUUUAUAUUCCAGUUAUUUGAUAGCACAAUAAAACCUAGACUGAUAGCAGUAGGAUACACAGACUUGGAAGAUGUCAGAGAAUGUUUAACAGAGUGCAGUGAAGAGAUUAAAUCCAAGCUUCCACGAUUCCAAGCUCAUCUGGUGGAGGAGAUAACCACACAGUGUUCUGUACAUCUCAAACAAGUCAACGACAUUCCACGGCUGUACAGGAGGACCAAUAAAGAGGUACCCAGUAAACAGUCUAGCUAUGUGAUCAACCUACUCAAACCCAUCAAGAUGUUCACUGAAGAGCAUGCAGAGAUUUUGGAUGAGAAGCUAAAACUUCAGAUGUUUCAAAGAGUAUUUGACAACCUGACUGAUUCAUAUUAUUCUGCAACAUCCGAUGUACUAAUGUCAGUUAAAAAGGUGGAAGAUAGUCUAAAGAGACUGAAGAAAAACAGGGGGACGGAUAAAAAUGCUGGCAACCAGGGCAUGACAGAUGACGAUAAAAUCCGACAGCAGUUCAUAGUGGACAUAGAAUCUUUCGGAGCUCAGCUGAAUGGUUAUGGAGAUUUCAGUAACAUGGAGAGCUUGAAAAAACUGCAGUCCCUGGCAGAGGAGGCUAAGAAUUCCAUGACAACAGCCCAGUGAUGAAAGCCACUCGUACAUGUUUAUGUAUAUUUAUAUAGUUAAACAGAUACUUUAAACAGAAUUACUCUAAGUAAUUCGAGAAUAUACUAGUAUGUUAUGAAUUCAAUGUAUAUCUACGAAAAAUUCA